AUGUUCUUGACCAGAUUGAUAAAUCGACCAUUAUCGAUUGGUAAGAGCAAUUUAAGACUCUAUUCCACCAAGUAUAUCAGAAAUGAACAAAUAUAUAUCCAUAAAAUAAACGACUAUUCAUACAACUAUUCAUUUUCACCAAAACCAGAAUCUAUCCCUAUUGGACAUAGUCAAGAAUCACAAUCGAUUACCCCAACCAAUUUCAUUCCUAAUUCAAAAUUCAUUGACUUAUUACAAAAUACCAUUAGUAAAAAUGCUCAUAAUGAUUUCACAUUCUUGAUGGAAGCAGGAGUUAAUGCUAAUACAUUUAUGCCAAUUUAUGAUUUAAGAGAAAUACCGAAAUAUGCUAGAAUUCCUGAAAUGGAGAAUAUAUUUGGAUAUAUUCAAGUUGAUGCCAAUGGUAGAAUGGUACCAGACACUUAUGAACCUAAUAAUUUAUACCGAAUUUGUAAUGGAACUGCUGGGCUUACUAAAUUAAGUGAUCAUUUAUAUGAGAAAGUUCAACAAGAAUGUGAGAAAUGA